AUGGCGGAGCCAAGCCAAGGGGGACCGCCCGGGAUGGACGGCCUUGCAGCAGGUGGAGGCGGCGAUGUUGGUGGGUUUGAGGGCGGGACAGCAUCAACCCCAGCAGCAUCAGCGGCCGCAGCAGAAGCACCAACACCAGCAGCAGCAGGGGUAGCAGCAACUCCAUCAGGAGGUAGGGCGGAUGCCAUCAGGCUCUCUCCUACUAGAAGCGAAGCAGGGGAAGAGAUGGAGUUGAGUUCGUCGCCUUCUGUGCGAGAAAGCGGGGUGGAGUCUUUUAUAAGGUCUGAUACUGCUCGGAUGGUCCCCCAAGCCUUAGAUCCGUCGGCCUACCCGGACAAUGUUGAAAUGGAAAUCCUCGAGCGGCUCAGCAAGAGCCAGGUUAGUCUCAAAGAGUUGGUGGAGUCGGCAAGAAAAGCCGAUCCCGAGGCGUUUCGCAAAAUGGUUACCGCUACGGAAAGGGAAUUCCCCACUUCUGGGAAAAAUCGUUUUGCUUCCACACCCAUCGAGGAGUUGGCGAGGGAGUUCGGGUGCACGGAUAUCAACCAGGGGCUGACGUCGGCGCAAGUGUUGGUGAAUCGGGAAAAGUACGGGAGAAAUAUGCUGGACAGAGGCGAUCGUGACCCUUUGUACAAGAUCUUUCUGUCUCAGUUCUGGUCUCCUGUCGUGCUUUUGCUGCUGAUCGCCGCCGUCGCCUCUCUCGUGAUGCAAGAGUGGGUGGAGGGGGCUGCCAUUCUCAUAAUCGUCACCCUUAACGCAUGUCUCGCCACUUAUAUGGAAAAUAGCGCUAGCACUGCCCUGGCGAAGCUGGCGAGCAUGGCAGCCCCAAUGUGCUGCGUCUUGAGAGAAGGAAAAGAACGGACGGUGCCUGCUGAAGAAGUAGUGCCUGGAGAUAUUGUCUUUUUGGCCACAGGCAACAGUGUAGCUGCAGACAUGCGAUGCGUAGACGUCACGGAGCUCAAGACUAACGAAGCCAUUCUAACAGGCAAGCACACUUUAUCGUUUGCCGCGUCAUGCUGCAUCUUUUUCCUCUUGCUGAUGCCGCUCUCCCUCGUGCCUCGUGUUCACGGAUUUGCCAUCUUGUCUUCUUUGCACUGGCGCUGGCGCCUCAACGCGUGUCCUUCUGAAGACGUUGCGAAAACCGUCUCAGCUGUAGAUGGAGAUGCUCCAUUUGCUUCUAACCUUUGCUUUGCAAGCACUAUUGUCACCAACGGCAGCGGCAAGUGCCUCGUCUAUGCCACGGGGAUGGAGACACAGGUCGGCCGCAUUGCGACUCAACUCAAGAAGGCAGGGGCAGCCUCUCGCCUCACUCCCCUCCAGCGGGGGCUUAACCGUUUGGGCGGGCUAAUUGGCCUGAUUGCCAUUUGCGUCCUCGUGGUAAUCGUCGUCGUCGCCGUUCUCACAGGGUACAGGGACCCCGCACACCCAGACUCUGACCCGGUUUUUACGAUUGUUCUGGUUGCUGUGGGGUUCGCCGUCUCCUCCAUUCCCGAAGGUUUGCCCAUGGUUGUGACAAUUUGUCUCUCAUUGGGAGCUCGAGAUAUGGUAAAGCGGAGAGCCAAUGUACGGAAGUUGCCGGCCGUGGAAACGUUAGGUUGUUGUUCUGUAAUUUGCUCCGAUAAGACAGGAACGUUGACUGAGGGCAAGAUGACGGCGACGCAUCUUGUUUCCUUUUCGCGUGGUGGCAGCAUAAAGGACCAGGAGAUGAGCAUUGCGAAAACAUUCGCCGUCUAUCCCACCAAAGGUUUUGAUCCUAGAGGAGGUUUCUUCGAUGCAGAACUUCUGACGGAGCAGAAGAAAAACACACUGGCCGCUCUGCACGGGCAGGGUGCCUAUGAGUCCUUUGGCCAGAUCCUCACGGACUACGGCUCCGCGGAAAUGGCGCAACGCGGCUCAGCAGCAGCGUCUGCAGCAGCGUCUGCAGCUUCCUCUUCGUCCUCCUCUGCCGCUGCUCCUGCUUCAGCACCUGCUGACUGUGCUUCUGCUGCAGCUGUUCGCGUGCGCGCGUUUCUGACUGCAGCGCUAUUGAACUCGCACUCGACGAAGCUUGAGCAGGACCCGAAAACCAAACGGUGGACAACCACAGGCAAUAUGAGCGAAGGCAAGUCAUGUGCUCUGGUGGUAGCAGCAGCAAAGGCGGGUCUAACAGCGGCAACUCGUUCCCUAUUCCCGCGGGAGUCGUCUUUGGAGGUUCCCUUCAACUCUGGCAGGAAAAUGGCUGUCUCCGUGCAUAAGCUGCAGACCUCUAACCAGUUCGCAGAUAUUCUCCUAGCAGACGACAGCAAAGUUUUCACACACGUUGCUAUUGUAAAGGGUGCACCAGAUAGGAUGUUCCCGCACUUGGGCUUUUGUCUGUCUGAGAACGAGGGCGUUUCGCGUGUGUCAUGGCGCUCGCCGCUGACGGAAGAAGAAAAGGCUGAAAUAAAAGCAGCAAAUGACAAAUUGUCGUCAGCUGCUCUCCGUGUGCUCGCGGUGGCGAUUAAACCGCUGACAGAUGACGACGUUGAAGAGCUAAAGGGCUGCGCAGGCGCCGACGAGAGGCUACACACCAUUUUGGAGGAACCGCCGCACUCUUUGGUCAUAUUGGGCUUGGUGGGCUCCCUGGACCCACCGCGUGCGGGUGUACGCGAAGCUGUUAGAGAGUGCCAUGGGGCCGGCGUUCGCGUAGCCAUGAUUACAGGCGACCAGCUGACAACCGCCUGCGCGAUCGCCAAAGACAUCGGCAUUCUGACGGAGGAUGAAGAUGUUAGCAAACGAUCGGUCACCUGUGCUGUUCUUCACCAAGACGAUGACCCGUCUCUGCCGUACAAACCCAACGAGGAAAUUGAUGAUCUUGUUGACGGAAUUCGCGUGUUCGCCCGCGCCCAACCAGAGGAUAAGUUUUGGCUGGUAUCCUGCCUCCAGCGUCUGGGCCACACUGUCGCGAUGACAGGCGACGGGGUAAACGACGCUCCUGCGCUUAAAGCAGCAGACAUUGGAGUGGCAAUGGGCGUUUCAGGCACAGAUGUUGCGAAGGGAGCAGCCGAAAUGAUCCUCUUGGACGACAACUUCUGUACUAUCGUCGCAGCUGUAGAAGAGGGGAGGAAGAUUUAUGGGAAUAUUCAAAAGUUUGUCUGCUUUUUGCUUGGUACAAACAUUGGCGAGAUCAUCUAUCUAACCAUCGCCAUCGCCGCCUCCAUGCCCUUGCCCCUUGAGGCUCUGCAGGUGCUGUUUCUGAACUUGAUGAGCGACGGGUGCCCUGCAGUGGCUUUGGCCAAGGAGCCUCCUGAUGACGACAAUAUGAGCGUGCCCCCCCGCAACCGCAAGCAGCCGAUUAUGACACGGGACUGGUGGUUAUUCGGAAACUUGCCGCACACGUUGUUUGAGGCUGCAUGCGUUUUGUUGUCGUUGGCGAUGGGGCUUUAUCUCUGCACCGGCAGCAUUCUUCUCAAAGACUUGACAAACAAAUGCAACACUGUCACUGUUGUUGACAGCGUUGGACACGAGAGCACUUUGCGUUAUUUCUGCUACUCAAACGAAUAUCGAGUUUCUUCUGAUUACACAGGCUGGGUUACAAAUAUUGACUACUUCAGCCCCUCUGAGGGCGGCAUUGUGCAGGUAUUGGGAGCAGCCCGUGGGAAGCAUUAUGACUUGUCUGUAUCAUCGUCUUCCCUGCUGCCGUCUGUUGCGGAGGACAUGGCUAAGGGUUGCCCUGAUCCGCUGCUUAAGGAUGAGUUGGGCUGGUGCAGACCAGCAGACAGGGGGCUGUGGGAAGGAGGGGAUAACAUCGCUCCCUUAGGACUCAUGCCCAAUAAGUAUUUCGAUGUUUCCUCGAGAGGAGCGAAGAUGGCAAGGACGUGCUCAUUCAUCUCCGCUGUUUGGGAUCAGUUCUGUCUUCAGCGCCUCGCCUUUGCCGUGGUGGUUGUAUCUGUUUGCUAUUGGCUGUGGCUUCCUUAA